GAGUUCUUCCUGCUUUGUAUCCUGGCAUAAGAAGAUGAGUGAUAUUCUGUACCCAUUUUUUUGGGGAGCAGAUUUAAGAAAUUUUUUUACUUUAGCACAUUAGAUACAUCCAGAUGACUGAUGCUGGUUUCUGCGAUGCCACUUGGAGUCUCCAGCACUGUGGAUUGAGAAGUAACAUGAAGAUUUAACUGCACAACCUGGAGACAAAGCGUCAGGAGUGCCUACUUCUUUUCAGGUCCUUAAGUGGAUACAAGUACAGUGUCAUCUAUCAGCAAGAAGAUUCUUCAACAGAUUUUUACAGCUAAUAAUAAGGACAAAAUAGCAUUAUCCACGUCCCUGAUGUACAGUGCAUCACUUUCCAAGACAGAUGGUCUGUCAGAAGCUAGAGGAUGCCCACAGAGCACAUAAUAAUGAAGUAGUGAAUUGAUACUGCUGCUGCUGCCAUCUAAUUGUCAGGAUCACAGCUGAUAGAACUGCACUGCCCUUUUUCUGCUCCCUUAAUCAGGCCAGAAACAGCAGGGUGGACAUGGCUGGCCUCAUUAACAACCUUCUAAUACUGUUUCUUGUUUUUCAAAACAUCUGUUUGGGUUUCAGAAGCCCGCUUUCUGUCUUCAAGAGGUAUAGAGAUACUACCAGAUCUCUUCCCAGUGAAUGCAUUGGAAGUGACCGGCCGGUCAUUUCACUUGGUCUGUCAGAUUUUGUACUGGACAUUCUUAUGCCUGGGGUGACGCCUAAGCAGUCCGAUACCUACCUCUGCAUGUCAGUACCCCUUCCAGUGGAUGAUGAAGCCUAUGUAGUUGACUUUAAGCCUCAUGCCAGCAUGGACACUGUCCAUCACAUGUUACUCUUCGGAUGUAAUGAACCCUCUUCUACCAAAAAUUACUGGGACUGUGAUGAAGGAACAUGCAAAGACAAAUCUAACAUUUUAUAUGCUUGGGCAAGAAAUGCUCCACCCACCCAGCUACCCAAAGGUGUUGGAUUCAGAGUUGGAGGGCAAACAGGUGGCAGAUUUUUUGUGCUUCAGGUACACUAUGGGGAUAUUAGUGCUUUUAGAGAUAAACACAAGGACUGCUCUGGUGUAACUUUACAUCUGACACGUCAAAAGCAGCCUUUGAUUGCUGGAAUGUAUCUUAUGAUGUCUGUGAACACUGUAAUACCACCAGGUGAGAAAGUGGUUGAUGCAGACAUUGCCUGCCAUUACAAAAGGUUUCCAAUGCACCUUUUUGCCUACAGAGUUCAUACACACAGACUAGGUAAAGUAGUGAGUGGAUACAGAGUGAGAAACGAUCAAUGGACAUUGAUUGGUAGACAGAGUCCACAACUACCACAGGCAUUCUAUCCAGUAGAACAUCCUGUAGAUGUUAGCUAUGAUGACAUCCUAGCAGCUAGAUGUGUGUUCAGUGGUGAAGGCAGAACUACAGAGACACAUAUAGGGGGAACAGCCAAUGAUGAAAUGUGUAACUUUUAUAUUAUGUACUAUAUGGAAGCCAAGCAUGCUGUCUCAUAUAUGACUUGCACACAGAAUGCAAACCCUGAAAUAUUCAGAAAUAUACCACAGGAGGCAAAUAUUCCUAUUCCAGUCAAGUCUGAUAUGCUGAAGAUGGCACAUGGACAUCAUGAAGAAACAAAGGAUACUGGUAAAAGUUCUUUGCUGCAGCAUGACAAAAAAGAAAAGGACAAGCUUUUGGAUCAAGGUGAUUUCUAUUCGCUCCUUUCCAAGCUGCUAGGAGAAAGGGAAGAUGUUUUGCAUGUGCAUAAGCAUAACCCUACAGAAAAGUCAGAAUCCUAUCUUGUAGCUGAGAUUGCUAAUGUAGUCCAAAAGAAGGAUCUUGCCAGAGAGAUCACAAAUCGUGAUGAAAGGGACAAUACUAUUCUUGUCAGAGACAGAAUUCACAGAUUUCACAGACUAGAGUCUACCCUGAGGCCACCAGAGAACAGACAUUUCUCUUUACAACGGCCUAAACAUGGUGAGGGAAGCUGUGAAAAAGAACAUACAGGAGAUUUCCAUGUAGAAGAGGCUGUGGAGUGGCCUGGGUUAGACCUCAAACUAGGCCAAGUUUCUGGGUUGGCUCUGGAUGCUGAAAAUAACCUAGUUAUCUUCCACAGAGGUGAUCAUGUCUGGGAUGAAAAUUCUUUUGACAGCAAGUUUGUUUAUCAGCAAAGAGGACUUGGACCAAUUGAACAGAACACAAUUCUUGUCCUGAAUCCAAGUAAUGCAAAACUGCUUCAUUCCAUGGGCAAAAGUCUAUUUUAUUUACCACAUGGUUUGAGUGUAGAUAAAAAUAACUACUGGGUCACUGAUGUAGCUCUCCAUCAGGUUUUCAAACUAGGAGCAUAUGCCAAAGAACCAUUACUUACGUUAGGAGUCGCUUUGCAACCAGGCAGUGACAAAAAUCAUUUUUGUCAACCAACUGAUGUGGCUGUGGAUCCAAUCACUGGCAGCAUUUAUGUCUCCGAUGGCUACUGUAACAGUCGAAUCAUCCAGUUCUCUUCAAAAGGAUUGUACGUGAUGCAGUGGGGAGAAGGUACAGAGACUUCUUUAGGCAGAGCCAGACCUGGACAGUUUCAUAUCCCUCACAGCUUAGCCCUGAUCCCUGACUUCAGUCAGCUAUGUGUUGCAGACAGGGAAAAUGGUCGAAUUCAGUGCUUCAUGUUAGAGACUGGGGAGUUCAUAAGAGAAAUCAAACACAAAUCAUUUGGAAGAGAGUUGUUUGCGGUUUCAUAUGUGCCAGGUGGUCUCCUCUUUGCAGUUAAUGGAAUGCCUUAUCCUGGAGAAGCAGAACCCAUUCAAGGAUUUGUGAUGAACUUCUCUACUGGAGAAAUAAUUGAUACUUUCAUUCCACUUAGAAAGAGCUUCGAGAUGCCACAUGAUGUUGUUGCUUCAGAAGAUAAAACAGUAUUCAUUGGAGAUGUUCAAGUCAGAACAGUGUGGAAGUUUGCAUCCAUAGAAAAAAUGGAACAUCGGUCAGUUAAAAAGGCUGGUAUUGAGGUACAGGAAAUAAAAGAAUCGGAAACAAUUGUAGAAGCCAGAUUGAAAAACAACCCAGAAUCAACAGACGCUCUAAAGAAGCACGAAAAACAACAUUUGGUCCAACAGGCCAGCACUGGAGUUUCCUUUGUUCUUAUUACAACUCUUCUAAUUAUCCCUGCUGUUGUCCUACUGGCAAUUUUAGUAUUUGUUCGGUGGAGGAGAACAACUGGCUAUGGAGCUGAUGGAGAACACAAACUUGAUUCAAGUUCAGGCAGAAUUUUAGGCAGACUUAGAGGGAAAGGCGGUGGUGGCCUUAACCUUGGGAACUUCUUUGCUAGUCACAAAGGCUAUAGCCGAAAAGGAUUUGACCGACUGAGCACUGAAGGAAGUGAUCAAGAAAAAGAUGAUGAUGGCACAGAUUCAGAGGGAGAGUGUUCAGCACCCCCACCAGCACCUUCAUCCUGAAACCAGCCUUUGAGUUCUCCAUUAAUAUGAUUCAACCCAGGAUGUCAGAUUCCUUUUUCCUUAAGCACGUUUAAGAUUUUGUGUAUUUAAUUGUAAACUGUACUAGUCUAUGUGGGGCUGUACACUGGUUCCUUUAAUUUUUGUUUGGUUUUAGUUCUGUUUUUAAGUGGAGGAGUGUAUGGAAGUUCCAUAUCAGUGACGCUGUUUUUUAUGUGAACGUCUUAAUAAAGCAAAGAGUCUUCUAAUUGCAGCACUGAUUUAAAGCAGUAGUAUUUUCUCAUCUCGAUUUGGGGAUCUUGUAAAUAAGUCUUACUAUCUGCUUCAUCAAAAUAUUUUUCCCAUAACUAUUCAGUUGCCAAUUUCUGUUUUGUGCCUUUCCUCUUCAAUGUCCUUAACCUGUUGCAGUACAGAGAAAAUACAGUGCCACAAGAAAAUGAAGCUGCUAAGUCUUCUUCUAUUUUUUUAAAAUCACUAUCAUGAUAUUGCAUUGAAGGAAAGAAAAAAAGUGUCUAUUUAAUUCUUUUUCUUCCUCCUAACUUCAUGUGUUUCUGGGAUGUCUUAUUUUUAGAUGGUAUCUCUGUUAGAACAAUAUUUUCAGAAGCUGAAUGUAAUUUGUGUAAUAAAGUAUUUGCAGAGCAUUAGUCUUCAGUGUACUUUGGAAUUUUUGCAUCCUUUUAAGUUUUUUCUAUACAAAUUUGUAAAAGUUACACAGACCACUUAAUACAGUAAAAAUUUUAAUGUCUUCUACCAGCAGAAAAAAGUGCUAUUUUUUUAUGGAAUCUAGAAAAAUAUUUUGCUAUAUCAUAAGGGUUUUUUUUAAAGACUAAUAAUUUACAUACAUGUACAAAGGCAAACUUAAAACAUUUAAAGAGGAAUUUUACUUGUAUCAUAAAACUGCAGGGUAUUUAAUAAAACUUGGUCAAGGCUAAGAGGAAACCUUUGUCUCAAAUUAAAUAUGCAAAAUAGUCAGGGUAGGCAUCUAGUACUACUUGAUUUGUAGUAUGAAUUUUCUUGUUUCUCCACACAUCCUUUUUCAUUUAUAUAACAGGAGUCCUCACUCCCCUAAUGUGCUUACCUACUGAACAGGAGACUUGCAGAAGACCUGCUAAUUAUCCUGGCUGUAUGAGUUAUCUGAAGUGUGAAUCAUUGUGUGACAUUAUGAUUUAUCAUUCUAGUUUGAGGAUCAGAGCAUGAUUAAUCUCCUUUUAAAGACUGCAUUAUGAACAGAGUGUACACAGCUGUAAUUGCCACAGGGUUUUAUGAAACAGCUUUUAUUAUUGUCAUUGCAGGUGUUGAAAUAAACUAUUGCUAGUGUUGAGCUUGAAAAAUAAAUAGGUUUUAGAUUUCUUAUAACAGCACAAUUUGCAAGGUGUUUUUUUGAGGGAAUAUGGGUAAUGAUAGGGGAACAAGAGAUAAGAUUGAAAUUGCCAUCGCAAUUAAGGAGCUGUCCUUGCCACAAAUAUUAUUAGGUGUAAGUUGAUUCCUUAAGAAGCAUUUUAAGCUUAAGUAGUUUUCUCACUGAGCAGUGCACUGUAGCAGUUAAUGAGCAUUUCUAGAUCAAUGCAGUAAAUCGCACCAGCUCCUUGCUUGCUAAAGCUAGAUUUAUGUUUUCUCAGAACUUUAUAACAUGAUAGACCUAAAAGUAUUAGGAUUAAGUGUGGGUCAUGGUACACAUAAGGGACUGUUCUUGCUGUUCUAAUAUUGCUGUGCAACCGAAUUGGAUGUAUUUUAUUUGAAGAUUUGCAGCUUCCUGUCUCUCUCUGCUCAUAGAAGUUUAGCACAUCAAAUGUGCUAACACUCUAGACUAUUGCAGUACUCUGUUAAUGGACAUGAUCUAUAAUAACAUGUUUGUAUUCAAGCAGUGCUUUAAUUUACUGUGUAAUGAUACAGUUACAUUGGUAAAAGUAAACUUCUUGCACAAAUUUAUGGAAACUGAGUAGUGUGUAAGAAAAGACAUUUUGGUCAUGCCAUUAAAUUUUUCUUCAGAUGAAGGAUGGAAAGAGUUACCAGGAGGAGCAUAUAGGUUGUGAGGGGGGCAAGAAAGUUCCUCCAGAAUACCUGAAGAAAUUCACAACCACUGUCUUCUGUAAACCCAGUUUCUUGGGAUGGGAACUAUACCACUUCAAUGUUAAGCUGUAUUUUGCAGUGUGCUGGAAUGUAGUUGUGCAUAUUAUAAACGACAAGGUUCUUGUCCUUCCUGUAAACACUUAACAAUACAUAAAUAAACAGUUGAGGGAAUUAAAUUCUCAGAAAUAACUUAUAUGUGAAUCUUCGUAAUGGCUGAAUUGGCAUAAACUGAACAUCCGUACUAUGAUACUUUUGUUAGGAAUGAUAAUUUCACCUGAAUCAAGUAGCUGGAAAGUAUCAGUUUGGCUUCUUAGAGCUGCUGAUCAAUUUGUUGAAUGUCUGUGCUUUGUAUGAGAAUAUACAGAUAAUUAUUUAAUCGUAUAAUUUUUUUCUCUUAUUUUUGAAAUCUACCUUAUUUUUCAGCUGAUGGAGAACACAAACUUGAUUCAAGUUCAGGCAGAAUUUUAGGCAGACUUAGAGGGAAAGGCGGUGGUGGCCUUAACCUUGGGAACUUCUUUGCUAGUCACAAAGGCUAUAGCCGAAAAGGAUUUGACCGACUGAGCACUGAAGGAAGUGAUCAAGAAAAAGAUGAUGAUGGCACAGAUUCAGAGGGAGAGUGUUCAGCACCCCCACCAGCACCUUCAUCCUGAAACCAGCCUUUGAGUUCUCCAUUAAUAUGAUUCAACCCAGGAUGUCAGAUUCCUUUUUCCUUAAGCACGUUUAAGAUUUUGUGUAUUUAAUUGUAAACUGUACUAGUCUAUGUGGGGCUGUACACUGGUUCCUUUAAUUUUUGUUUGGUUUUAGUUCUGUUUUUAAGUGGAGGAGUGUAUGGAAGUUCCAUAUCAGUGACGCUGUUUUUUAUGUGAACGUCUUAAUAAAGCAAAGAGUCUUCUAAUUGCAGCACUGAUUUAAAGCAGUAGUAUUUUCUCAUCUCGAUUUGGGGAUCUUGUAAAUAAGUCUUACUAUCUGCUUCAUCAAAAUAUUUUUCCCAUAACUAUUCAGUUGCCAAUUUCUGUUUUGUGCCUUUCCUCUUCAAUGUCCUUAACCUGUUGCAGUACAGAGAAAAUACAGUGCCACAAGAAAAUGAAGCUGCUAAGUCUUCUUCUAUUUUUUUAAAAUCACUAUCAUGAUAUUGCAUUGAAGGAAAGAAAAAAAGUGUCUAUUUAAUUCUUUUUCUUCCUCCUAACUUCAUGUGUUUCUGGGAUGUCUUAUUUUUAGAUGGUAUCUCUGUUAGAACAAUAUUUUCAGAAGCUGAAUGUAAUUUGUGUAAUAAAGUAUUUGCAGAGCAUUAGUCUUCAGUGUACUUUGGAAUUUUUGCAUCCUUUUAAGUUUUUUCUAUACAAAUUUGUAAAAGUUACACAGACCACUUAAUACAGUAAAAAUUUUAAUGUCUUC